UCUCAUAGAACCACAACUCUUCUUAUAUGUCUGAGAGCUUCCAUUUUCAGAAGAUGAUGAUGAACCCCAAUUUCCAAAAGGUGAUGAUGAAGCCCGCCAAGCCUGAACGAAACCCUUUCAUCAUCUUCUCCUUCUUCUUCAUCCUCUUCCUCUGUGCUAUAGCUUCCAUUAACGGAGUCCGAAUCGACACUAUCAUGAAGUUCGGCAGCUGCACUUUCUUCUCCCACAACUCAUCAUCUUCCGAUGCUUUUCUCACCCUGAACUUCACCUCCGAUCCUGCCGACGACGACAUCAGGAUCCUCAUCGGAAUCCUGACCCUCCCCGACCAGUACCACCGCCGGAACUUCCUCCGCAUGAUCUACGGCACACAGUCGCCGGCCGGAGCAAAGGUCGACGUCAAGUUCGUGUUCUGCAACCUCACGAAGGAAGACCAGAAAGUCCUGGUUGCGCUCGAGAUAAUGCGAUACGACGACAUAAUCAUCCUCAACUGCACCGAGAAUAUGAACAAUGGCAAGACGUAUACGUACUUCUCGAGCUUGCCGGAGAUGCUGAAUUCCACCGAGGGGCCAUCGCCGCCGUACCAUUACGUAAUGAAGGCGGACGACGACACGUAUCUGAGGCUGGACAACCUGGUGGAGUCUAUGAGGCCAUUGCCCAGAGAAGAUUUGUAUUACGGUUACGUGAUUCCAUGUCCGAGCAUGGACCCAUUUGUUCACUAUAUGUCCGGAAUGGGGUACUUGGUUUCAUGGGACAUUGUGGAGUGGAUUAGGGUUUCUGAGAUUCCGAAGAAGCACAUGGAAGGCCCCGAAGACAAAGUGUUUGGAGAUUGGAUUCGGGAGGGGCGUAGAGGGAAGAACAGGCACACGGCGAAGUGGGCUAUGUACAAUUACCCAGAGCCGCCGACGAGGUGUACACAUGAGCUGUGGCCUAACACCAUUGCAGUGCACCUUCUGAAGAACCAGGAGAAGUGGAUUCAGACCUUGAACUAUUUCAAUGUUACCCAGAACCUGAAGCCAUCAAAACUGUAUCACAUACCUUAGGUCAAAUAUGCUUCAUGAUCAUGACCAUUUUGUUUAUUCUUUUCACUGAAUUUUAAACCGUGGGGGGUUCAAUAAUCAAACAAAAGAAGAAAAAUCCCAUAUUACUGAAGAGGCAUAUGUCAAUUUUUUUUUAUCUGAGUACAUUAUUCAUAAA